UUUAUAGAGAAACUUGUUUUUGCCUACUAGAAUGUUUUCAUUCCACAAAAUGGGAGAAGAGUGUUUUGGUACAGUUGUGGACCAACUGUGUAUGAUGCAUCUCAUAUGGGACAUGCAAGGUCGUACAUUACCUUUGAUAUUUUACGAAGAGUGCUUCAGUCCUACUUUAACUAUGAUGUGUUCUAUGUAAUGAAUAUUACAGACAUCGACGACAAGAUUAUUUUCAGAGCAAGACGAAAUCACUUACUAAAGAAAUAUACCGAGGAAGACAAUUCUCCAGAAAAGAUACUAGAAGAUGUAAAUACUGCCUUAGAGCCUUACUCAGAAAAAAUGAAGAAUACUACAGAUGAAGACAAGAAGAAUAUGUAUCUUAGAAUUAUUGAAAAAGUUAAAUCUUGCAGUUCAAGAUUAAAAGAUUUACAAGCCACCAGUGGUAGUUCCGAAGAAGCUGUUAAAUCAGCAACUAAGGAAUUAUUGAGUGAAGCCACUGAACCUCUCUCUGCCUGGCUAGACUCUCAGUUUGGAUCCAAUGUGACAGACCACAGAAUAUUUGCAAAGCUCACUCAGCACUGGGAGAAUGAAUUUCAUGAAGACAUGAAAGCUCUUAAUAUCCUUCCUGUAGACUGUUUAACACGCAUUACACAGUACGUUCCUGAAGUGGUGACUUUCAUUCAGAGAGUCAUUGACAAUGGAUAUGCGUAUGAAUGCAAUGGCUCAGUGUAUUUUGACACCAUCAAGUUUGGUUCAAGUGGUAAGCAUGCCUAUGCCAGGUUAGUCCCAGAAGCAGUUGGUGAUCUGGAAGCUUUGGCAGAGGGAGAAGGAGAACUCAGUCAAAAUCCAGGAGACAAGAAGUCUGAGCGUGACUUUGCACUUUGGAAAGCUAGUAAACCAGGAGAACCAGCUUGGGAUUCACCCUGGGGAAAGGGCCGGCCAGGGUGGCAUGUGGAAUGUUCUGUGAUGGCAAGUGAGGUGUUAGGCAGCUCCAUUGACAUCCACACUGGUGGAGUAGAUUUGAAAUUUCCUCACCAUGACAAUGAACUUGCACAGUCUGAGGCUCAUUAUGGUGUUUGUCAGUGGAUCCAUUACUUUCUUCAUGCUGGACAUUUGACGAUAGAAGGAUGUAAAAUGUCCAAGUCUUUGAAAAAUUUCAUCACAAUCAAAGAUGCUUUGGCGAGGAACUCCGCCAGACAAAUCAGACUUGCUUUUCUUCUUCAUGCAUGGAACGCUACACUAGACUACAGUGAGAACGUGCUUCGUGAAGCAGAGCAGACUGACAAACUAUUUAAUGACUUUUUCUUGAAUGUGAAAGAUAUUCUUAGAAAACCAGAGGACACGACGCCAUCGGCACACAACUACCAUGAACUAGAAAAAGAUCUUCAAGAAAAGUUCAUGGCUAAAAAGGCAGCUGUACAUGAUGCCCUAUGUGAUUCAAUUGACACACCAACAGCCUUGCGGCAAAUGCAAGAACUGGUAAAACUAGCGAACAUCUACAUCAGCAGUAAAAAGGAGAGGAAAGAAUCCCCAAAUCAUCAGCUGCUUGAAGGAAUUGCUAAGUAUCUCACUCAAAUGCUCAAGAUUUUCGGUGCGAUCGAGGAAGAACAAGCAAUUGGAUUUCCUGUUGCCGGCAAAACUGCAGCAGCAAAUCACGAAGAGGUUGCAAUGCCAUAUGUGCAGCUACUUGCCGAUUUUAGAGAAGAGGUCAGGAACGUGGCACGAGAAGUAAAAGUGACUAAAAUCCUCCAAGCUUGUGAUAGACUGAGGGAUGACAGUUUACCAGAACUAGGAGUAAAACUGGAGGACGUCGAAGGUGAUCAUGCGGUUAUAAAGUUUGUGGACAGAGAAACUUUACUGAAAGAAAAGCAGCAGCAGUUAGAGGAACAAGAAAAGAAACGAAAACAAAAAGAAGAAGCCAAGAAAAAGCUUGAAGCAGAGAAGGCUGCUAAAGAAGCCAAAGCCAGAAUUCCUCCAUGGGAAAUGUUUAAACACGAAACAGACAAGUAUUCUAAAUUUGAUGAGCAGGGAGUUCCUACUCAUGAUCAGACUGGGGAGCCACUUAGUGGCAAGCUGAUCAAGAAGCUAAAGAAAAUGUACCAACAACAAGAAAAACUAUACAACACGAGCCAAGCAACAGCGAACGGUUCAACACAAGAGUGAAAUAAAAAAAGAAAUGAUAUAAUAUUAAAUACAGUUCAACCCCUAUUAAACGGCCACCCUCAGGGAAAUGGAUAGUAUCCGCUUGAAAGGGGGCUGACUGCUUAAUGGAGGUAAAAACAGUAGAAAAGCCCUCAUCGAGACUUCGAUUACUGGCCGCCAAAUAUGGUUGGCUGUUUAAUAGGGGUUCGACUGUAACCACUGAAUUUAUUUUGUCGCUCUAACUGAAUGUGCAAUGCAAUAAAAAAAAUUCUUGACAUUU